GUUCCCAGUAUGAGCCUGAGUCCUUCCACUGCACAGGUGUAACAGAGGAUACGGAGAAGAAAUCUUAGUCACUGAAGCUGGAAGAAAUAACAAAGGGCUUCAUCAGAAUUGCAUAUUUGCACAAAAAGGCAAAAAUAUCCCCAGUAAGCAGAAGUGCAGCCAGAAGUGAAAAUGAACUUUUUAGUCAUUUUUGCCAUCCUUGCAGCCUUCAGUGUGAAUGUGGCUUAUUCACGAAGACGGUCUGUAAAGAGACAGGAGCCAUGUUUCUUUGGGGAUGGGAGUAGUUACAGGGGAUAUGUUUCCAUGUCAGCAUACGGCCACAACUGUCUCAACUGGAACAGGUUUCCAAACCGUUGGGGAGCUUCGAAUCCUGACCAGAGCUUGAAGCCAUGGUGCUAUGUCAGAAGAGGGAAAAAUAAUGUGAAGGAAUUCUGCAGUAUACCUAAAUGCUCCGCACCAACAACAAAACUUUCCCCAGCUGUGGAUACAGCAGAGCUGACAUGUGGUGAGAGGCCAGAGAAGAGGAUGCAUAAAAUUGUGGGUGGCUCUUUCACAGCCAUAGAGUCGCACCCAUGGGUGGCUGCUAUUUUUCAGCAUUAUGAUUUCUUAUGUGGAGGCUCUCUUAUUGCACCCUGCUGGGUUCUGACGGCUGCACACUGCUUCCUUGAGAGGCAAACAAGAAAAAUCCAGGACCUGUUUGUAUAUCUGGGGAAGAAUGCCAUUAAUGACACAGAUGUUGAAAGGGAGCAGAGAUUCCAGGUGGAGAAACUGAUCAUCCACCAAAAAUUCAAUGAUUCCAACUUCGACAAUGACAUAGCACUGUUGAAGAUCAGAAGCAGAGCUGGUGGAUGUGCAGUGAGGUCAGCGUCUGUACGCACAGUGUGUCUGCCUCCAUUUCGCACUCAGCUUCCUCCAAAAUUUCAAUGCAGCAUUGCAGGAUAUGGGAAGGAGAGAAACGGGGCAUGGCAGUUCUCACAGCGUCUGAAGCAGGCUGAGGUGAGACUGCUGUCCCAGACUGACUGCAGAAGUAAAUUGCACUAUGGCGAUCAAAUCACCGAGAAUAUGAUUUGUGCUGGGAGCCCUGACUGGAGCACUGAUGCUUGCAAGGGCGACUCUGGAGGUCCAAUGGUGUGUGAAUUGUCUGGCCGGAUGUUUCUGUUCGGGGUGGUGAGCUGGGGUGACGGUUGUGCCAAGAAGAACAAACCAGGUGUUUACACACAGGUCACCAACUACAACAAAUGGAUCGCAGAAAAAGCAAAGCUCUCUAAGUUCACAAAAGGACUAAUGUAUCCCCCCAAGUGAAGCUAAGGCAGAAAGUGACAUGUCAGACAUUACAUUUUCCUAAAGGUACAUUUGGCAGCAGUUUUAUAGGCUCUGUGCAUAGGCAGCAUUUGUAGAUGUAGCAGGUUUGGUUUCAUGAUAAGAUAGUACUGUAUGUACAGUAAAAACAGUUUUGUUCAGCAAAGAUUUAUUGUAACAGUUCAAAGUGAGUGUUUGAUUGAAUAUAUUCCAAUGUAUAUAGUGUAUAAUACCUAUAUUUAUGAACUGUGCAUGAGCUUUUCAUGCUAAAAGUGUAUAUGUUUAAAACAAGUUAUAGAUAAUGUAUUUAUCUAAUUGACUUUAAUAAGCAUUUUUACAAGG